AUGAACAGCUACUAUUACUACUUGGACAAGUCACGGCCGUGGUUCUGGUGGAGCGGCGGCGGCUGGCGCAGAUUUAACGAUGGCAGACGUUACCCUGCAGUUAAUAUAAUUAUAUUAACUGCGGACUCCUUCGACUAUGCGUUGGGCAGAAAACGAUUAAUCGAACCCCCUCAGGAUAGCUCUUCCGGAAGUGUGAUCUCGAUCAAAGACAUGGAUGAAUGGAAAUUGCAUUGGAACAAGUCUGCUCCAUACAACAAGCUGUUGGUGUAUGCGUUCUACGACAAGAAUUCCACGCUGUACAAGGCCAUGGAGAAGCUGUUGGAGAAACUCGCCAAGCAGUAUAUAGGCAAGGCAGACUUCUGCAAGUUGGACGUCGACAACUUCGAGUAUUUGGCGGGGCUUUGCGGAGUGGAGGGAGCGUAUCCGACGUUCGUGCUAUUCAAGAACUGCAAGCAGCAUGAUAUGAGCUACAGUAGAAUUUUAGAGCAUCUUCAGCGGCAAUCAUCUGCUUUGAGCGCUCAUAUGCCCCGCGUUCACAUCCACACAUCUCAAAUUGGCCCCCUCAUAUUGAAGCAUUUCGACGAACAGGUUACGUGCGACGUGACUAGAGCACGCACAAAUGCCAUGGGUGUGAGCAGUCUUGGCCAGAUCGUGGUCAGCUUGCUCAUGGGCGCGAGCUCCGGCCUCGGAGUGGCCGUGGGCGUGACCUCCGGUUGGGUGCACGAGCUCGGGCCUCGGAGCGGCUGUGGGUGUGAGCUCCGGGCGGGGCCUGCGAGCUCCGGCCUCGGACCGGCCAUAGGCACGACCUCCGGGUGUGGGGCCGUGAGCUCCGGCCUCGGACUGGCCGUGAGCGCGAGCUUCGGGCGCGGUGGCACGAGCUCCGGCCUCAGAGUGGCCGUGGGCGCGCGAGCUCCAGCCUCGGGAAAGCCAUGGGCGCACGAGCUCCGGCCUCGGGACAGCCAUGGGCGCGAGCUCCAAGCGCAGGGGCGGCCACGGGCGCGAGCUCCGCCCGCGGUCUUCUCACCAAGUCACUGCAAGUGGGCCCCUGUGUGCAUGCAGCUGGCUGCCCGGGCGUGA